AUGGCAGCUUAUGCUGCUCUGCUUUCUCUUAAACAGACAAUUGACGGCCUUUCAAAAUCUACUCAUAUUUCGAUCAUCCAAAACUCCUCGGUACAAAUCAUACAACACCUGUACGAGGAGGUUCGAUCGUUGAGAGACGUUCUCUCAAAAUUGGACGCGGUCAGCAUCAAAAGCAUAAGCGAGAGGGUGAAUGCCGUGGACGAAGAAAUCAGAGAUGCAGUAUCUAAAUUCGAGGAUGCAGUUGACUUCCACGUCUCAGAUCAGCUUCUUACACAAUUGUCCGAUGAUCAAGAAAGACGUAAUAAUGGUGAAGAUGAUCAUGGGAUUAAUUGCCGUCGUCACCCGCCAUUAUCCUUAUCGGUGGACUUGCAGGAACUGAACCACGAUGUUCAUUCCUUUGCCCAAACGCUAAACAAGUUGAAGCAGGACUACGUUGAAGCAUUAAGCUGCACCCCCGAAGAAGAAGAAGAAGUUGACUUCGUCGCCCCAUCGAGAUUUAACGGACGUUUCAAUCAAUCGAAGAAGAUGGUGGGGUUGUCCGAUCAAUUUACAGAAAUCAGAGAUCAUCUUACAACCAAUAACAUAAAUCUCAGAUUAACACUGUGGGGGAUGGCUGGCAUCGGUAAGACUACUCUUGCCGAGAAACUCUUUCAAGAUCCAUUACUUUCGAGUCGAUACGACAUCCGUGCAUUUGUCACGUUGGGCCCGAAAUGUCGACUUGAAGACAUCUAUCUCGAUAUUCUUAAGCAAGUGGAUCCCAACAUUGAUGACGAUGGUAGCAAAAUAAUGCUUACUAUUAUAGAAGCUGGGGAAGACAGGAUGCACGGGUUGAAAAGGAUGAUAAACGAACGUUUACAGGAUCGAAAAUUCUUCAUCGUACUCGAUGAUGUAUGGGACGAGGGGAUACUUAACUUGGACUCUUUUGAGGCAUACACUGUUACAAGUCAUGUAUUGCUGACCACUAGGCUGAAAAACGUUGCUGAAGUUUCAUGGUAUUGUAACGUACGCUUUUUAGAUAAGAAAGAAAGUUGGGAACUUCUUCGCUUCAAGGUGUUUGAUGAGAUGCCUUGCCCUCCUGAGCUUGAGAAAGCUGGAAAGAAGAUUGCCGAGAAUUGUGACGGUCUUCCUCUUACAAUCGUCACCGUUGCUGAUACCCUGUCCGAAGCAGACAGAACAGUAGAGUACUGGAACAAUGUAGCUGUUGAUGAGAAAAAAACAAUAAUCAUGGAUGCAUAUGCUCAAAUGUAUAAGGUACUAUAUCCAAGCUACAACUAUUUAUCUCAAUUCUUAAAACCAUUGUUCCUUUAUAUGGGAAUUUUCCCUCAAAAUUGUGAAAUAACCUACUCAAGGCUCUACAAGUUGUCUCAUGCUGAGGGAAUCAUCCAAUUGGACAAGGUUUCGAGUGAAGAUUACUUUCAAGACCUUGUUUUUUAUAGUCUUGCCGUGGUCCAUAAGACGGGCUUCAAAGGCCAAAUAAAACUUACUAACCUGCAUUCUUCGUUUUGGUACCUGUGUAACAUAGAGGCUAGAAAGAGCAAGUUUUUCUAUGGCUUAAAUUUUCUUGCCGAUGGUUUAGCAGAAGAAGAUCUAAAAAACCAACGCCGAUUGUGCAUUCGCAAUAAUGUUUUAUUCGGCAUCAAAGAAACCCACGACUCAAUGGCGUCCAUUUCAGCUGCACGUUCUCUCCUAUGCACCGGUCCGUAUCAUCAAUAUCCAGUACGGAUAUGUUUUGGUUUGAUGUUGUUGAGGUUGAUCGAUGCUCUUACAAUCCGUUUCUAUGAGUUCCCAAUGGAAGUAGUGAAACUAGUUCAGCUAAGGUACUUUGCGCUUACCUACGAUGGAAUGCUCCCCGCUUCCAUAUCCAAACUUUGGAAACUUAAGUGGUUGAUUGUCAGUCGACAUCUAAGCAUCGUAAAAUCUGCUGGAACUCCAUCGUACCUGCCGAUGGAGAUAUGGGAUAUGAAAGAAGUGGAGCAUAUUCAGGUCAUGGGAAGCGACCUACCAGAUCCUUGUGAAGGAUCUCCCAUACUACACCUCUACACACUCUUAGAUGUGAGCACUCACAGUUGUACGGAGGGUGUUCUUAAAAAACUUCCUUAUCUACGGAAAUUAGGAAUUCGAAUUGAAUUGUCGCCCGAUGAGGAUGUUGUUGAACCCUUGUGUUGCUUCGACCAUAUUUCCUGUCUCGACCACCUGGAAGCACUUAAAUGCGUUAUCGUGAAUCCUAAGAUCAUGUCCGAGAUUGUUGCCCCACCUGUCACUCUUUCGACCUUGUCGUCCAAUCUCGUCAGGUUAACUUUGAGUGGCUUAGGAUAUCCGUGGGAAGAAAUGACCAAGAUUUCUUCGUUGCCGUAUCUUAGAGUGCUCAAAUUGCUCUGCUAUGCUUUUCGAGGGCCAAAAUGGCAAGUUCGUCAGGACGAGUUCCCCAAACUUGAUUAUCUUCUGAUUGAAGACACUGAUCUGGUGCUCUGGACAAUCGAGGAUGGUUAUCGCCUCGAUUCUCUCGUGUGGCUUACCCUAAAGCAGUGCUACAAGUUAGAAGAGAUCCCUAUGAAAUUUAGUGAACGUCUUGAGAAGAUUGAACUAGUUGAUUGCAACCCUAUGGUGGUGACUUGUGCAAACAAAUUAAAACAAAAGGGCCCUUACUAUAUGUUUUGA